CGGGCUGUGCGCAGACGCAGUUCGUUCUCUGGCCGGGGGUGAUUAUUGCCAUUUGUUCCCGGGGAAGGCCACAGGCAGGUCACUGAUUUGCAGAAAAAUGAUGUUGGUUGAGCCUGACCCUGGAGAGCAAGAACCAAUCUUAGUAGAAAUAUGUGGUCUGAGACCUUUCACUGGAGCUUCGGGCCUAAGACUGAGAUGAAGGAACAGAUCCUGGACUGCUUGUGAUAGAGGAAUUCCUGACUUAUCCUGCUUGGUGAGACAAGACUUUGCUAAACCCUGAAAAGCAAGGAGGGAAUGACUAUAGAGGAUUUCAGUGUAGUGCUAGAAUUGAAAGAACAGUUAAACUUUUCCCAUGACCUAUUCCUUGGAGACCAGAGCAUGCUGGACUAGAGUAGCUGAGGUAAUACAGAGGAAGAAAAGAAGGAGCUAGAAAUGACUUCUGCUCUAUUUUCAACUAGAUCCCAGGAAUCAGUGACAUUCAAGGAUGUGGCUGUCAACUUCACUCGGGAGGAAUGGGGGCAACUGGAUCAUUCUCAGAGAGACUUGUACAGGGAUGUAAUGUUGGAGAACUAUGGGAACCUUGUAUCCAUUGGGCUUCCAGUUUCUAAACCAGAUAUGAUCUCCCAGUUGGAGAGAGGAAAGGCACCAUGGAUGCCCGAGGAAGAAUUCCCAAGAUACACUCGUCUAGAUUACUUUAACCUGGAAACUAAGCAUGAAACUGAAUAUUCAUCUCCAAAGCAAACUAAUUGUAUAGGAGUAUCCAAAGAAAGACUCAGAAAAGAAGUCACCUGGGAUUCCAAGAUGCGAGAAAUUCGGGAAUAUGAUGUCAAAUUAGAGAGGCAAGAGAGCAUCCAGGAGAAACAAUCCAGACAAGUAACAAACACUCCCAGAAAAAUAUCUAGUGACUAUAAUACAUUGGUGGGAAGUUUCAGCCCAGGAUCAGUCUUUGUUCCACAACAGAGAGUUACUACAGGAAAAAGUCUCCUGAAAUAUAAUCGAAUCUCUUUAGGAAAGAAGCUUUCUAAGUACAAUAAAUAUAGGAAACCCUUUAGUUACCACUCAGACCUUAUUCAAUUUCGAAUAACAAAUUCUGGAGACAAAUCAUAUAUAUGUCAUGAAUGUGGGAAAGCCUUUGGCCAGAGGAGAUAUCUUAUUGAACAUCAGCGAAUUCAUACAGGACAGAAGCCCCAUAAAUGUAAUGAAUGUGGAAAAGCCUUUAUCCAGAGAGGAAACCUUACAUCUCAUCAGAGAAUUCAUACAAGAGAGAGGCCCUUUGAAUGUAAGGAAUGUGGGAAGGCUUUUAGCCAAAGGGGUCAUCUUACUGAACAUCAGAGAAUUCAUACUGGAGAGAAACCCUUUGAAUGUAAAGAAUGUGGAAAAGCCUUCAGCCAUAGGGGGCAUCUUGCUGAGCAUCAGAGAAUUCAUACUGGAGAGAAACCCUUUGCAUGUAAUGAAUGUGGGAAAGCUUUUAGCCACAGGACAUCCCUUAUUUAUCAUCAUAGAAUUCAUACUGGGGAAAAACCCUUUAAAUGUAAUGAAUGUGGGAAAGCCUUCAGUCAGAGGGGCAACCUUACUGAACAUCAGAGAAUUCAUACUAGAGAGAAACCCUUUGAAUGUAAUGAAUGUGGGAAAGCCUUUAGCCACAGGGGUCAUCUUACUACACAUCAGAGCAUUCAUACUUCAGAGAAACCAUAUCUUUGUAAUGAAUGUGGGAAAACCUUUAGCCAGCGAGGAAACCUUAUUGAACAUCAGCGAAUUCAUACUGGUGAGAAACCCUUUGAGUGCAAUGAAUGUGGGAAGACCUUUAGUAGAAGGGGAUACCUUCCUGAACAUCAGAGAAUUCAUACUGGAGAGAAACCUUUUCAGUGUACUGAAUGUGGAAAAGCCUUCAGCCACAAAGGAAGUCUUACUGAACACCAGAGAAUUCAUACUGGAGAGAAACCUUUUCAAUGUAAUGAAUGUGGUAAAACCUUCAUCAAAAACUCACGUCUAGCCCAACAUCAGAAAAUUCAUACUGGAGAGAAGCCAUUUGAGUGUACUGAAUGUGGGGCAAUGUUUAGCCAGGAAGAGAAACUUAUUGAACACCAGAGAAGGCAUGCUGGAGAGAAACCUUUUGAAUGUAAAGAAUGUGGGAAAUUCUUUAGUCGGAAGGGAUACCUUACUGAACAUCAGAGAAUUCAUGCUGGAGAGAAAUCAUUUGAAUGCAAAGAAUGUGGGAAAUUCUUUAGUCGAAAGGGUUACCUUACUGAACAUCAGCGAAUUCAUGCUGGAGAUAAAUCCUUUGAAUGUAGUGAGUGUGGAAAAGCUUUCAGCCAAAGGAAAUACCUUACUCAGCACCAGAAAAUCCAUACUGGGGAGAAACCCUUUGAAUGUAAUGAAUGUGGGAAAGCCUUUAGACAAAGGGGACAUCUCACAGCACAUCAGAGCAUUCAUACUGCAGAAAAACCCUUUGAAUGUAAUGUGUGUGGGAAAGCAUUCCGACAGAGAGGAAGCCUUACUGAACAUCAGAGAAUGCAUGCUGGAGAGAAACCAUUUGAAUGUAAUGAAUGUGGGAAAGCAUUUAGUCACAGGAGCAGUCUUACUGAACAUCAAAGAAUCCAUGCUGGAGAGAAACCCUUUGAAUGUAACAAGUGUGGGAGAGCCUUCACCCACAGGAAAUCCUUCAUUUAUCAUCAGAGACUUCAUAGUGGAGAAAAACCAUUUGAAUGUAAUGAAUGUGGGAAAGCCUUCAGUGACAACUCUUAUCUUACCUUACAUAAGAGAAUUCAUACUGGAAAGAAACCCUACAAAUGUAAUCAUUGUGAGAAAGCUUUUAGCCAGAGAGGAAACCUUACUGAACAUCAAAGAAUACAUACUGGAGAGAAACCCUUUGAAUGUACUGAAUGUGGGAAAGCCUUUACUCACAGGAAAUCCCUUAUUUAUCAUCAAAGAAUUCAUGCUUGAGUGAAACUCAUUGAGUGCAAUAACUGUGAGAAAUCUUUUAGCCACAGCAGAUAACCUUAAUGCGAAAGCUUUUUGAAAGUAACGAGUGUGCAAAUCCCUUAUCUAAAAGGGAAGCUUAAUGAACAUCAGAGGAUUUAUCCGGUAAUCAUGGUGAUUCCUGAGAUAUCAGAAACUUUGUAUUGAAAAACUAUACAUAAGCAAUGCAUGUGGGAAACCUUCAGUAGUAACUGAAGACUUAGCAUCAGUUAACUCUAAUUAAAGGAAAACCUUAUGAAUGUAUUUACUAUGAAAAAUUUUAGAGUAGUUUAUCCCUCCUCAGAUGCUAGAGACUCCAUACAAUAUUAUUAGUAGAAUUGUGGUGCAUAGUGUAGAGUACUGGAUUUCGAGAUAGGAAAACCUGAAUUCCAGUCAUGCCUCAGACAGUUACUAGCUGUGGGACUCUGAGCAAGACACUUAACUGCUCUCAGCCUCAGUUUCCUCAUCUGUAAAGCAAGGAUAAAUGAUAGCACCUACCUCACAAGAUUGUUGUGAGGAUCAAAUGAGAUCAAAUAAGAUAGUAUGUAAAGUGUUUUGCAAACCUUAAAGCAUUAUAUAAAUGCUAGCUGUAUGUAAUAAUGUGGGCAAUGUAUAAUGGAGCCCUGUCUUUUUUUUUUUUAAAUACAGAGAGUUGUUGCUUUCCAUCAGUGUGAUUAUGUAAAUUUGACUCCCUUUGGGUGGGCAGCAGGUCACCACCCCUAACCCCAGUGCAGGGGUCCUCUCCUCUAGGCACUGAAGCUCCUCCAGCUACAGGCACUGCAAGCACUAAAAAAAGUAGGUUGGGCUGCUAGGCCAUAAUCCCAGGAAGAGGGAGAGGUCUUUAGAAAGGUCCACUUAUGGUAAGUGACAACCGUCUAUAUUGGAGAGUCAAGAUGUCAGAGUAUAUCAUCAUCUCUUAUGUACUUAAAUGCUUUGAGGGAGAAAAAUUAAAUCUUAUUACUUCCCUUCCUUCUUAUAAAACAUACUGACUGCCAUCUGAUGGCUGAAUUACAUGAGUUAAUGCAGCCAGUGUUUAGAUGCAGAAAUAGCCUCUGAAGUACAAUAUAUUUUUAAACUGUUCAGUAAAGUCACUAAAAUGUCACAUAAUUACUUAUCUAUAUCUUUUAUAUACUUUAAAAAUAUUCUAGUUAUAGUAAAGACAUUAUCAUAAAGCAUAUUACAUCAGAAAAGAGUACUGGUGUUAGAGGAGUUGGACUCAAACCCCUCUGACACUCCCUCUCUGCCACUGGGCAAUUCACAACCUCCCUGAGUAACACUUUUGGUUUGUUUUUUCAUCCAUAAUCUGAGGGGGUGGGACUAGAUGGUCUCUAAGAUCCCUUCCUACUCUGGCUCUAUGAUGGUCGUAAACUGUUAUUUUAGAGUUUUCUCAAUAAAAAAUAUGUAAGUUUACACUAUCAAGCUAACAACAAAAUUGCCCUCUUUGCUUUCAUUUGCCCUUCGCGAUUCUUUCUUUUGCAUGAUUUACCACUGUAGCCCCUUCUGCUAUUUUAAUG